CUACACGACGCCCGCCACAGACGUUGAACCUACAACUGCAUCUUUCGCCUGCCCCUUAAUCCUGCGCAGCCAGUGCCUGCAACUGCGCGCCGAGAGCCCGAUUUAACAACACGUUUGCACGAGAAGACGAGGAACAAUGAUGGAUAACCAUAACCAGGCCUCUACCAACUACCGCGAAGCCUUCCAGCUCUUCGACAAGCGUGGCAACGGCCGCGUCGACCGCGGUGCGCUGGGCGACCUGCUUCGCGCCUGCGGCCAGAACCCAACGCUUGCUGAGAUUGCCGAUCUCGAGCGCGGUGUUGGCGCCGACUUCGACUUUGACACCUUCUCCAAGAUCCUCAACCGCCCCGGCGGCUUCCGCGAGCCCUUUGACAUUGAAGAGUACAUACGCGGGUUCCAGGUGUUUGACAAGGACCGUAGCGGGUUCGUCGGAAAGGGCCAGAUCAAGUACAUUCUGACCAACCUGGGCGAGAAGAUGAGCGAGGAGGAGGUGGACGAGCUGUUCAAGAGCACGAUUGAUGCGAGCAAUAACGAGGUGGAUUACAGGGAGUUUGUCAAGACGAUUGCAGAGAACUAAGUCUCUAGUCGGUCGUCGGUUUUACGGUUUACCUUUUCACUCACACCCACCUUUUUUGCAUCACCAACGGCAAUGGCACAAUGUUUAACGCGAGCAUGUCUGAGACGGGUCAACGGUUUUUUACAUGCGGAGUAUUUGUUUGUUUUUUUAAAUAACCUUUUUGGCUGUGUUAGUAUUGGCACUGGGCGUUGGAGAGAGAGAGAGAGAGAAUGGAACUUGUUAUAGUUACAUUAGUCUCUAUUAUGAUGAUGGCAAUUCUGAU